AUGGACUCGACGACGCGGUCGCCGGUCCUCAACGUCAUUGCCGAGACCAUCAACGGCCUCUCGACGAUUCGGGCGUUUGGCAUGACGACAGCCUUUGCCGCCAAGGGCCGCGCCGCUCUCGAUUACAACCAGCGCUUCUUCCUCAUGCGUCUCGAUUGGCUCUCGGCCAGUAUCAUUGCUGGCGUUGCUUUUCUCGUCGUUGCUUCCAAAGACUCGAUCGGCGUCAUCGCUGCUGGCCUCGCGCUCACGUACGCAUCCCAGAUGACGGCCUUCUUCUCCAAGAUGACCACAUCACUCUCGUUCAUCGACAACAUCAUGACGUCGGUGGAGCGUCUCGACCACUUCAAGACACUCGAGACCGAAGGUGACACACGAGCCGUCACGACGACCGUCGACGCGUCGUGGCCAGCCCAAGGCGUCGUCACCUUUGACCACUACGCGAUGCGGUACCGCGACCACCUCGACCUUGUCCUGAAAGACGUGUCGUUUACCGUGCCGGCUGGCGCCAAGGUCGGCAUCUGCGGCCGCACGGGCUCGGGCAAGAGCUCGCUCAUGGUCGCGCUCUUCCGCAUGGUCGAGGCGGCCUCUGGUCGCAUCCUCAUCGACGGCAAGGGCGGCAAUCUCUCGGUGGGCCAGCGACAGCUGCUCUGCAUCGCGCGCGCCUUGUUGCGCAAGAGCCGCGUCGUCUUGCUGGACGAAGCCACGGCCAGCAUCGACUUGACGUCCGACCGGCUCAUCCAAGAAACCAUCAAGGAGUGCUUUGGUCACGACGUGACACUGCUAGUGAUUGCGCACCGUCUGGACACGAUUCUGGACAGCGACCAGAUUCUGGUGAUGGCCGACGGUCGCGUGGCCGAGUACGGACCCCCGAGCGAGCUGCUCGCGAACGAAGCGAGUGCGUUUGCGCAGCUUGCCAAACAGGCACGGCUGACCUAG